AUGAAUGUCCACGCUCCGGCCUUUUCAUUCAGUCUGCGUUCGGUCCACGGCGGUUGCAAGCUCCAGUGCCGCCUCUACCUCCCUGGUUGGAUCCGAAAUAUAGAAUCGGACCCGAGAGGGUCAGUUCGUGGUGUAAUUCUCGGACACCCCUAUGCACCACUCGGUGGCACCUACGACGACGAAGUGAUCAGUUUCCUCGGCGACGAGCUUCUUCAUGAAGGCUAUUUCGUGGGGACAUUCAAUUUCCGCGGUGCCGCACCCUCUGAGGGACGAUCCAGCUGGACUGGACGACCCGAGCUGGGAGACUAUGUGGCCUUCUACGGAUUCAUGCUACAGUACUUGCAUCGAGUAGAGGUUGCACUCCUACAAAAACAACCCCGCGACCCAGAUCACCCCCCUUCGCCCAUUGCAUCCGCAGAUCGGAAUAUCCACCUCAUUAUCGGGGGAUACUCCUUCGGGUCACUGAUAGCGUCGCAUGUGCCGACGCUUGAUGUCAUGAUAGACCUAUUCCGAACCGGAGCAACAAACCCGGGCACGCCCAUCUACGAGAUUGGCCGCAAAGCUAGGAAGAUCGCAGCGGCAACGAUCCGUGAUCUGGCCCCAGCAAAUCCAGAGGAGAGCGGGAACCCGGACAACCCCGACGAGAUCGAGUUGAGUGCGGAGACAGCCAUAUCCUACUUGCUCGUGUCACCUCUGCGGCCGCCGGUGAGCCAGCUUCUGACCGGUUUCUGCAGCCUAUCGCUGAACGUGGGGGGAAUGUCAGCUCCAGCUCAGGUUCGGGCCGCAGUGCGUCCAGCCGACCAGCUGAGUGCUCACCGGACUCUGGCAUUAUAUGGGGAUCGGGACGAGUUCACCUCCGUGCGUAAACUGCAAAGAUGGUCAGCCGAAUUGAGCCGCGUGCCGCAGAGUCAUUUCCAGAGCGGCGAAAUCGAGGGUGCGGGACAUUUUUGGCGAGAAGCAGGCGUCGCGGAGGAGGCAAAACGCAUGCUCCGUGAAUGGCUGAGGUCUGGACUUUGA